AUGGACAACAAUACCACUUAUGAAUACUCGCGAGGUCUGGACGGGGUGAACAUGUCCCGCGACAUCCUCUUCUCCCGCACUGUCAUGGCCUGCUUCAUCUUUCUGGGCCUGUCGUUCCUGGCAGUCCGCAGUGCACAGUCUACCCACGCCUACCUUCGCCAGGCCAUCGCCAGCGCCAGCCCCCCCCAGGCACAGGCCUUCUGGGGGCUCGAAUCCUCCCGAUUGCGCGCCCGGCUUAAGCGGCACCUCCUUUACGCGCCCCUGGGAGUCCGGCGUCACAGCCGCGAGCUCCGGGGGGUCGCGGGGGCGCACUUGGGCACGCUCCCCUCGCGCCUCCAGGCGGCCAUCCUCCUCCUUUACCUUGCCAGCCAGGUUGUCUACUGCGCCUGGCUCGACUACGCCGCCAACCCGCGGGCUGCCCUCGUCGCCGAGAUCCGCGGCCGGGCGGGCACCCUGGCGGUGCUGAACAUGGUGCCCCUUUUCAUCCUGGCAGGGCGCAAUAACCCGCUCAUCCCGCUCCUGGCCAUCAGCUUCAACAGCUACAACCUACUGCACCGCUGGCUAGGCCGCAUCGUCGUCUUUGAAGCCGCUGUACACACUGCCGCCUGGAUGGUCAACGCCACCGAUGAGCAGGGCUUCACUGAGAUGCUGCAGCGCCUGCACCGCACCCCUUUCUUCCAGUGGGGGUGUCUCGCCGCUGCUGCCUUCUCUAUACUGUUUAUGACCUCCCUCUCCCCGCUGCGGCAUGCUUUCUACGAGACCUUCCUCCAUUUACAUCUCCUCGCCGUCGCAGCCGCUGUCUUGGGUAUCGCCAUGCAUCUCCACCUGGACGCCCUCCCCCAGCAGCCGUGGAUACGCGCUGCUGCCAUCUUGUGGGUGGCCGAGCGCAGCCUGCGCCUGUUCCGCCUGUUCUACCUCAACUACUCCGUCACCAGCGGGCAACGCACUGUGCUCACAGUUCAAGCCCUGCCUUUUGAGGCGUGCAAAGUUACUGUCCGCCUACCACGGCGCAUCCAUCUUCCUCCGGGCUGUCAUAUCUACCUCUAUCUUCCAGCACUCUCCUGGUGGAUGUCACACCCUUUCUCUGUCGCUUGGGUACAACCGGGUAAAUCCAACCAAGAUGACAUCGAGUUAGGCCAUGCUGCGACGCCAGAGGAAGUGUCCUGUAGUAUAGAUGCCACUGAUAAAUCGACCACGACGCUCGUUCUGGUGAUUGCAGCCCGGGCGGGCAUGACCCGCAAGCUGUACGACCGGGCCCGCGCCUGUCCUGACAGACUCUGGCAUCCCUCAGGCCUGCUUGAGGGGCCCUACGCGACGAAUCCCGGGGCAUGUAGCAUGGGCAGCUACGGUGCCGUGGUGCUCUUUGCUGGCGGCUCGGGUAUCACUCACCAUCUGCUGCCGGCGCGAGACCUGCUAUUACGGGCCAGCGGUGCCCAGGUCGCCACCCGCCGUAUCUGCCUUGUCUGGUGUCUCCGGUGUGACGCACAGCUGGCCUGGGCCCAUGAUUUGCUUAAGGCUCUCCUCCUUUUUCCCGCGGCGCAGGACAUUCUCACCAUCAAGCUUUAUAUCUCGAGCCAGACCACAGAAGAGGAACUCGCCUCAAAUUCCAUUCUCUCGUCUUUGGCCUCCUCCGUUCAGGUAUUUUCUGGCCGGUGUCAGCCGGGGCGUAUACUUGAUGAAGUCCUCGCCGACCCCGUGGGUGCUACGCUGGUUUCUGUCUGUGGGCCGGGCUGUUUGGCCGAUGAAAUCCGGUCAGCCUGCCGCAACCGACUGGCCUCGUCGGUGGUGAUCGAUCUUGUUGAGGCCGCUUUUACGUGGUAG